AUGUUAAUUUUAUGGGAAAAAAAAUUGCAGAUUCGAAUAUUGUGCCAGGGAGUUGAGCUACCAUCUAGUCCAGUAGUACUUCACGUUUUGAAUUCAGUUUCAUCAGAAGUUGUGGCGUGUUCUGAGGGAACGAAAAAUCCACGAAACAACGAGGAAAAAGAUAGAAUGGAUUUUUAUCCUCCACCUGAUAUCGGACAUGUUUCAUUUUCAGGUCUUAGUGAGCCUUGUUCCAUUGGUUCCAUUGUUGAAGUUGUGAUUAAUGCACAUGGUGAUUCUUCAACAAGUUCUGUGCUUGUUGAAGCAAUUGCACCUUCAGGAAGAGUGAAAAAAUGUCAAGUGAUAAGGAAAGGAAGCGUUUUUACUGCAACUUUUACUCCUAAUGAAGUUGGUAAGUGGCAAAUUGGCAUAUUAUACGAUGGCGAACAUAUUCGAGGUUCACCAUUUUCUUGUAAAGUUUACGAUGCUAAUCUUGUUCGGGUGUAUGGUUUGGAUGUUGGACUUGUUGGUCAAGAAUUAAAGUUCAGCGUAAAUGCAUCACAAGCUGGAGAAGGCUUUCUUAAGGUAUCGGUGAUACGACAUGGUCGCAUGAUGCCUUGCGAAGUUUUAGAACAGGGAAGUUCAGGAGUUUAUCGUGUAAGCUUUACUCCCGAUGGAGCUGGCCAGUAUAAAAUUCAUGUUCUAUUCAACAAUAUGGAAGUAAAAGGCUCUCCGUUUAUUCUUGAUAUUGCUGAUGCAAGUUCAGUAUCUGUUUAUGGAGAUUAUUUACGGAUGGCUUCAGUAGAUCGACUGAGUACAUUUUUUAUUCAUGCUGUUGACGCUGAAUGCAAAGAUAUUACUGUGAAUAUUACAGCGCCCUCUGGAAAGACGAAACGAGCACGAGUUUAUCAAACAGAUGAUGUAACGUACAACGUGGAAUGGAAACCUGUUGAAGCUGGUGAACAUUCUAUCGAUGUUCGACUUUUUAAUCAAAGUGUUUACGAAAGCCCAUUUGUGUGUAAUGUGGGAGAUCCAGACUUAGUUACUGUUCGAAAUAUGCCAGAAUUUAUCGAUGCUGAAGAUCUUUUCAGAGAUUACAACUUUGAAAUUGAUGCUAGUGCCGCAGGUUCAGGUAAUUUAGAAAUUAUGAUUAAUGGUGGACGUGUUGGAUGCCACGUACGCGAAUUAGGUGGACGGCAUUACUUAGCCUCUUUCACUCCCAAUCAGGCAGUUACACAUAUCGUUGAAAUGCGAUUCAACGGUGAAAACGUGCGGAUGUCACCGUGGAAAAUUCAAAUUAAAAAUUCUCAGCCAAUUUCAACAACUCCAAAAUAUGAAAUGCAAGAACGAGUGAUUCGAAAUGUUGAAAGCAAACGAGUAGAACGAGCAGAAUCUUGGUAUACAGAAUUAACUGGAAUUGGAUUACAACGUGCUGCUGUUGGUGUUCCAACAAUAUUUGAAAUUACUGGUGAUGGUAUUGAAGAAAGUGAUAUUAAAGCUCGAUUAUAUGGUCCUGAUGGCGUUGAUUUGCCCAUAAGCGUUUAUCGACAAACUGAUAACAAAUUAAUCUGUGAAUAUCGAAUUAAUAAGGUCGGUGAAUACCAUCUUGAAAUGUCAAUUUGUGGUAAAAAAAUUGACCCUUAUCCGUUGAAUAUCUCCGGGUAUGCAACCGAAAAUGUUAAAAUUGAACCUCUUGGUGGUGGAGCACCAGGACAACCUGUACAGUUUAUCGGUAAGCACAAUCUGCUACAAUCUACCAGUUGA